CAGAGGUGAGUUAACGCGAAGGUUAUUUUACACGAGGGAGGAAACUGGUUCUGGAGCCAAACGUCACGCUGACAGAAGCUGGGAGGAAAAGAAGAGGCUUUAUUUUGCAGCCUAACAGGAGCUCAUUCUCUUCCACACAUCACAAGAGAGGUGAAUUCGUCAUGGGCAAACACAACAGUAAGCUGGCUCCGGAGGUCCUGGACGACCUGACCAAGAGCACUGAAUUCAACGAGGCAGAGCUCAAGCAGUGGUACAAAGGCUUCCUCAAAGACUGCCCCUCUGGCAUCCUCAACCUGGAGGAGUUUCAGCAGCUCUAUGUGAAGUUUUUCCCAUACGGUGACGCCUCUAAGUUCGCCCAGCAUGCGUUUCGGACAUUUGACAAGAACGGUGAUGGGACCAUUGACUUCAGGGAGUUCAUUUGUGCCCUGUCCAUCACCUCCAGAGGCAGCUUCGAGCAGAAACUCAACUGGGCCUUCAACAUGUAUGAUCUGGAUGGGGAUGGAAAGAUCACACGCAUGGAGAUGCUUGAGAUCAUAGAGGCCAUCUACAAGAUGGUGGGCACGGUGAUCAUGAUGCGUAUGAAUGAGGACGGGCUGACUCCUCAGCAGCGCGUCGACAAAAUCUUCUCCAAGAUGGACAAGGACCACAAUGAUGAGAUCUCCCUGGAAGAGUUCAAAGAGGCCGCCAAGUCUGACCCCUCCAUCGUCCUACUGCUUCAGUGUGACAUGCAGAAGUAGAGAGGGAUGGGUGGAGAUGCAGAGGGAGGGAGGGGACGGGGGAAGAGUUGAACUGAAACAAGCGAAGGAAGGAGGAUAUGAGAACAGAGAGAUAGGCGAAGAAAGGGGGGAUGCACCUGAGGGAGGAGGAGGAGGAGGAGGAGGAAGAGAGGUAGGGAAGAUUUCUUUUGUGAGGCAGCAAUGACAAGGAAUGAGCCUUAUUUGGAACAUAAUGGACUGCUUAUUGAUGCCAUUCUUUUCUUCCAACCCAUCCCACUGUGUACUACACUCCUGCUGGAGAAAUUUACAGAGAAAAUCUAAAGAGGUGCUACUCACUCUUUCACACUGCUUAGCAUGUGAGAUUACAAGGCUGUGGGGUGACUCGAGUGCAAAUGUCAGCUACCUAACAGUUCAUACUGUACUUUUACUGUACAAUACAAAAAGGUGUGUUGUCCUUUCCAAGAUCUUUUCAUUAUGAGACUUUACACGAAAUGCCUUAUUUCAGUUGUCAUGAGUCUGCACCUGUUGCCUGGCAACCUCACAGUGAUAAAUGACGAGGAUUUAAGGAAAUCAUUGCUCCUGGCAAAGAAAUAACAGCUGGUAAAAGUGCAGCUUCUUGAUUUUACUGAAUUUGUCCAAUUAUUUUUACACCUUUGGACUAAAGGCUAGCAGCUCCGGUGACAAUAUAGUGUAUUAGCAACCAAAAUAUAACUUUCCCUAACAUUUUAUGUUAUUUUCUUAAAUGUCUCAGUUCUGACAGCCAGAAUGCCAAUUUCUAAUCACACACACUUUUUAAAUGCUGUGCUGUGGGAUAUUCUGAAAAAAAGAAUAGCAUCAAAUCAACUAACAGCCUGUUUGAUCCCCAUAGAGUGACAAGAGAGAAGCAAAUGUAUUGAUGUACAGAGAGUUAUUUAAAUGAACAAUAAUAUUAGCUUUGAGUGGGUUUGUCUGUCAUGGGCUGUGUCUCAAUUCAGGGGCCACAUCCUUUAGAGGCUGCAUUUGAAAAGUGAGUGCAUCACAGUGGCACGACUAGGCUGUCUUUUUUCGAAGGCUCCUUCAAAUGCGUCCUUCCAUCCCAGAAACACAAAAGCUCUAACAGGUGGAUCCUUUUCACCCUAACCUAUCCCAGGAUUCAUUGUGUUUCAAUUAUGUUUUUCAAAGAUGGCGUUAGUAAGCGUCGAGAAGUCCGACAUUUGAGAAUCACGCUUCAACUCAACCGAACACCUAACGGUGCAAAUGUUACAAGAAACCAAGGGGCAUCAAAACUUUCUGUUGCGUGUCUGACUGCGGCUCUGUUGCUAGACAACAGCAAUAAGUGUGGGAAGAUUUUGUGACUUCGAUCAAAAAAGUCCUCUGUCGACCAGAGCGUUUGGAUCGGCCUUCGCGGUCUUCGCGGGAUACGGUAUCUACGCGGCCCACCAAAAAGGAGCUCUUUGUAGGUAGCCCUUGAAUUAAGACAUGGCUAUAGUGUCUAUAACACCAUGAAUGUGUGCAUGUAUGAAUGUGAGAAUAUGUCACAAUCAAAAUACAUUUGCCCACAGAUCAAAGUCAGAUCA